AUGACCUCUCGAUGCGAAAAAUAUGAAGACUUCUCAUGGGUUCCACAAUACUUUGCGGAUGCGGAUGUGGUGAUGACACGACACUUGAGUUCACAGAAGCAGGGCUGCGGAAGUCCAUCCUACGUUAUCAGCACGAAUGGCGUCCCUACCGGUGCAGUACCCAGGAUCAUCUGGCACUACGGCCUCUGGUCGACAUUCUCGAAGCACACUCGAUCUCAGGGCACCAUGGUCUCUGAUCGAAAUCCUCGAGGAGCACUCGAAUCCUGGAGGAAUGCCAUCCGUUCAUGGGAACAUGAACAGGCUUCCUAA